AUGACGUCAGCAAUGAUAUGGCAGUUUUUUGUCUUGUUKAUAUUGUGCUGCCUGAAGGAUUGCAGUGGGGGGACACCAGCUUCCAUUGACGAAUCAAAGAUAAAGAAGACAGAGAGAACCACCUUAGGYGCCCGCGCGACCCUGCACUGUCGUUACAGCGGUUACCCAAUGCCUCAAGUAGUUUGGAUAAAGAACAAGGAAAUACUGAAGAACUGCAAACGUUGUGUGACAGUGAUUGAUAACACAUUGCCAGGAUYGGCUAAAUUACAAGUCACGCCUUACCGUGACGAAGACUUCGGARAGUACGAAUGCAAAGUGAGGAAUCGAGAUGGAUUYGCAAGUGUCAASUUCAACUUGAUUGAAAUUCCUUCAGACAAAUCUCAAUGUGCUAAAGACAUCAUACUCGGUCAAGACCCUCGCCUUAGCCUCGAGUAUCGACCUAUUUGCGAUGACGAUGGAUUAUACCACAGUGUCCAAUGUUCUAUUCACCUUAAAAAAUGUUGGUGCGUCGACCGUCUCACUGGACACAAAACUGGAGAUGCUUACGAGGGACAAGGCGGUUAUCACUGUACAAGACCGACCGACCUCUCCAGUGGCUCUAUUGUUACGUUGUCUAUAGGCGUCGUGCUACUAUUGGUGGUUGCAGACAUCGCCGCCUUUGCUUUUUGCAACAAAGGGAUCACACACUAUGUCGUGCUUUAUCGAAACAGACACAAAAUUUAUGAAAAACUAAAAAAGCAAAAUGACGAGGAAGCUGGUAAAGACGAACGUGAUUCUCGGACCACAGAUCAGGCUGAUUAAUACUAUCUCAUCCAUAGACGUUUUGUUUGKAAUCUUAAAGGAUGAACCGAUAAUGAACGUGUGUAGAAUAAAUUUACAGAC